AUGGACAAAGAAGUCCAGCCCAGUGGGCCAAUUAGAAACAUAAAGCAUUUGGGCUUUAUAAUUGUAGGACUUUACCCCAAAGGGAGCCCUUCCAGAAAUUCUCGAAGGCCGGGCUUGAACCCAGGCCUAAGAGGGGGUUUGGAAAUAGUUUUCAACCAGCAAUAG